AUGGGGUUUCUCACGCCUGUGGCACGGCUCCAUGAUUUUGAUAAGCCCUUGAUUAUCCCUGCUGAAAUGGUUGCAGGAAAGCCUGUGAAUAUAAGCUGCACAUUCAGCACUAUGUGUGAUGGAACGGCACCGAAGUUAAUUUGGAACACCCCUAAUCAUGUAUUACUGUCAGUCUCACACAGAGUCACUCAGUGGAACAACGAUCUAACAUACAAGUGUGUUCCGACUAUGACCCCAGCACUCAAACACCACGGGCAAAAUCUCACCUGAGUCAGAUACCCAUCUGUUUCAUCGGAGCAGACUCUCUCACUAACUGUGCAGUACACCCCACAAAAUCUUUCAAUCACUUCUCCCAAGCAAGUGAAUGAUUCCUGGGUCAGUGUAAAACAAGGAAAUUCUACAGUGAUCCUCUGCUCCAUCCUGAGUUUCCCAGCAUCUAACCUGAUAUGGAGACAUCUCAGGGUCACACUGAACAUAACAAGUUCCAACAAUGAACUGUGGCUGGAGUUUCCUCAGGUGACCCCCCAGCAGGCCGGAGUCUAUCAGUGUGUGGCGGAGAAUGAACACGGGACAGUGGAGAGUGUCAUAACCCUCACUGUGCAACAUCAGUGGUCAUAG